CUCAUGACCUAUAAAUCGGAUGGAACGAGAGGGAAUGACGUGGUCAUCAACGAACUGGAGGGGUUGUGUUUCGAUGAUACCAUAAACCUAGCAGGUCCGAACAUGCCCGCUGGCUUCAACAUCACGCAGAACCAAUCAAUUAAUGAGACAUAAUAUUUAAGAAUUCAAGCACACAUCAAAGAAAACUAUCCCGAGUUGGAAAACGAUCGCGAAUUCAUGGACGAGGUUAUGCCAUUUUUGAACCUGGUUGUCAAUAACCACGAGUCGUCUAACGACUGGAAUGACGUCAGCUCUCGAUCUGGAUACACGGAGCUUGACGGACCACAAUAUCUAAGUUGGCAUAAACAGGGAUAUCACUCGUUCUUUGACAUAUUACUGAACAAAUACAAUAACGGUCCGGGCUGGCCGACGUUAGACGUAAAACUGAACACAGAAGUCACUUUAAUAAAAUGGCCGAAGGAUUCAACUGGGGACGUGGAAGUCAAAUGUCUGGACGGCAGCGAGUAUAAAGCUGAUAAUGUCAUAGUUACGGUAUCGGUGGGAGUUUUGAAAGACAGAAAGACUUUAAGGUUCCAGCCAGAACUGCCGCCGGAGAAGAUAAAAGCAAUAAAUGUCAUACCGAUAGGAGUUAUGAACAAAAUUAUUCUGAAGUUCGAAAAAUUAGAUCUGCCUCGCGGAGUCUUCUAUGGGUUUCUGUGGAAAUCUGAGGACAGAGCUCGCGUGAGCGUCGAAGAUCGUUGGACCACUCAGAUUUUCGGAGUCAGCACACCCACGGGCACUUCAAAUACUAUAACGCUUUGGACAAGUGGUACAAUUGGACUAUUGGUGGAAUCCAUGCCGAGUGACGUCGUGAUGAAGAAAUCUAUGGAACUGAUAAGGAAAUUCAUGGCGAAGGUCGCGGAUAUCCCGGAACCGACUGGCAUAUUGAUGUCCAAGUGGUUCUCUAACCCGUUCACCAGAGGCAGUUACUCCUACGACAACACCGUAGUCGCUGACUACCCUGAUGCUAGGGCCACCUUGGAAGCUCCCCUGAGGGAUUCCGCUGGAGCCCUAAAAGUCCUAUUCGCGGGUGAGGCCACCCAUCCGAUAUAUUUCUCAACCGUCCAUGGAGCAAGCGAAACCGGUUUGAAGACAGCAGAACGAUUAUUAUCAAAUAUCACACUAUAGACGUUAUGCUUAAGUGCUUCCUUAUGUUCGUAUUCAGAGAACAGUAAGUCUACAGAACUGUUCCAUAAUCCUAAUACUUACUACUAUAACUAAUUAUUUUAAAUUACAAGUCGCAAACGAAAAUAGGAAAAAACCUUUGUCUGUUUUGGUAAUUUAUAUCUUUUUUUAUAUAUAAACUUCCAUUUUAAUACAAAAACUAUUUAUAAGUCAAAAUGAAAAUCCUCUUAGUUAACGAGUAAAUUAAGAUGACCUAAAAAUUCAUGGAUACUUAAAAUUGUUUUUGAUUUUUUUUUUUGUAAUAGAAACUAUUUGAUUAUACUUUAUCUUAAUUUA